AUGGAUGAGGGCAGCUUGGAGGUGGACACCGGGCAAGUGGCGGCCGCCGUUUUUGUUGUGUUGGUUUGUGCUCUUGGCAUCACGAUAAAUGUUUUUGCAUUUAUGCGGCUGAAGUUUCAGCUGAAAAAGGCGCCCCACUUCACCGUAUUUUGCAGAACCCACAUCGUGGCCGACACCCUUAUUCUGACCUCCUUUCUCUGCCAGCUCCCCUGGCAGCUGGUCUUUCCGGAAAUAUGGCAAGGCGACCUGAUCGGGCAGCUCUUCGGGUUCUUCAACCUGGCGAUGGAGUACUGCAGCUUCAGCACAAGCAUGUUUUUGACCGUCAACCGAGCCGCUGUGCUGCUCCGCGCCACCAGCACCUCGAUCUUCGCGCGUGUACCAGCACUUGUUAUGCUGCUCCCGUCGUUCGUGGUGCUAUGGAUCGCGAGCGGCACGUAUUUGUGGCGUAAGUUGUUGCCGGGUGUACGGAUCGCGUACCCCGCGAAUUAUACAGGUUACCACAAGUCGGAAGCGAAAUGGAACGUCGCGCUCGGGCAGCAGUCGCUGCGACGCCGCAACGAGUUGCGAAUGUUUGCCCAAUCUUCAAUAGCCUCGCUCGGCUUUGUCUAUAUGCUUGUGGCUUUUCACUUUAUCUCCGGGCUCGUCGACCACCGAUUCUGGCGCUUCUUCCAUACGACGUUGACGUGGCAAUUCUCGCAUUCGGUGCAGGGG